UUUUUUCUUUUCUUCAUUGAAAAAAAAACAUUAAUUAAUUAAUUAAAAAAACCUAAAAUUCAUAUCAUUUUGCAGAUAUCUUCACCACGGUUUCAAGAUUUUUCUCUACCUGUGGCUCUGUUUUUUCUUUCUGCUUGGCCUUGUUGAAGGUGAAUUUCGUUGAGACUGCUUUUUUCGGGUAAAAUUCCACUACUUAGAAAGAGGGUUUUAUUGUUUAUAAUUGGCGGUCUAGGUCUCAUGAGAAUUGUUAGGGGAAUGCAGAGAUCGUUUUCUGAGGAGCAGAACAAGGGCACAGUGCUGGGCUGGAAAAAAUCCUUCAACCAAGGAAUUGGCAUCACCGUACCCAAGGCCAAAACGCGUGAAAAACCCAUGAUUACUAUGGUUUUGGUUCUCUAAACACGGGUUCUUAAAGGGUGUAUCUGAACAAAAUAAUUAGAGAUUAUAAACAUUGAAUUCAAUGACUCGAAUUUUGGUUCAGCGAGGUUCUGCAGGUGGCUCUUCUUCAAAUCAAAACCGUGCUGGGCCCUCUUCAGCUCAAGGAGAGCCACAGGUUAGCACUUCUCAGGUUCUUUCUUCUGUGAAAGAUGAUGAAAUUGUAGAGCAAGUGUUGGAACAAGUUGUUGGGGAUGAGCUUUUGGAUAACUGUGGAACUUGUGAUAAUGAAAUUGUGAAGAGUGAUGAUUUUUUUGGUGAAACUGUCAAUAAUGAUCACAAUGAUAGUUCAAGUGAAAAAAAUGGUGAGAAUGAGAAAUUGAAUAAUGAGGGGAAUAUGGGUUCAGGGGAAUUAAUGAAGAGUUUAGGUGGGUUGAGAAUGUCAGAGAGAGUUUCAGUUGAGAGUGAAGGUUCAAGUGGUGAGUCUCCACAAAUGAGUAGUGGAAAUCCACAACCGCCCCCACCUCCUGUUCCACCUCCAAAACCUUUGGCAUCAAACUCGAAUUCAAGAAGAUCUGUCUCAGGAAGCUCAAAUGUUGGGCGUAUUGGACCAUCGAGAAGAGCAGUUGCCUGGCCUGUUGUUUCCACAAGGACUUCACCAUCUGAAUCAAGGCCUUCAUCUCCCAGGUCCCAUGUCGAAAGUGAGGGGUAUAAUAGUGCUGAUGAGCAGAGUCCUGGAUUUGUAUCCUCCUAUGAUGACUUGGAAAGAGAACGUCAGUUUGAGAUUGAUAUCAGGCGGGCAAGAGGUCUUGAAGUCAAGCGAAUGCUAGGGGAUGGGAAUUGUCUGUUCCGUGCUGUCGCAGAUCAGGUUUAUGGGGACUCUGAAUUGUAUGAUAUGGCAAGGCAAAUGUGCAUAGAUUAUAUGGAGCGAGAGAGGGAUCACUUUUCUCAAUUUAUAACCGAAGGUUUUACAUCUUACUGCAAGAGGAAGAGAAGAGACAAGGUCUAUGGAAACAAUGUGGAGAUUCAAGCCUUAUCUGAGAUGUAUAAUCGACCUAUUCAUAUUUAUUCCUACAGUACAGAACCCAUCAACAUAUUUCAUGGAUGCUACAACACCGACACUCCUCCCUUACGGCUAAGUUAUCAUCAUGGGAAUCACUACAACUCCCUUGUUGACCCACGGCGCAAGACAGUGGGUGCAGGACUUGGGUUCAGUUGUCUUCGAGGGACAAAUGUUGACAAAGAUCAAGUCAAGGCUGCCAUCAAGGCUCAACAAGACCAACAGAUUGAUAAUGCACUUCUAGCUGAGGGGCGGUUUUACUCUGAUUUGGAGCUUACUGAAAAAGAAAUUGAGCGUAUGGUGAUGGAAGUUUCCCGGGCUGAAUAUCUUGCUAAUGAAAAACUGAAGCGGCAACUUGCCCAUAAAGAGUCUUCUACUUCAGGGGCUGAGCCUUCAUCCUCUGGAGCUAGGUCAUCAUGUAGUGAGAGCAAGGCAGAAGGUAGGAGAGAGAGCAAUGUACGGGAUACAGUUCUGAGCAGCGGUAUGCAGAUGGUACUCUCAAUGGGGUUUAGUUAUUCGCAAGUGAUAGAAGCUUACAGCAUAUUUGGCGACAACGUAGAGUCUAUGGUGUGUUACCUGGUAGAAACUGGGAGUAGCAGCAGAAGAAAAGGCAAAGCAACUGAGUAACUAUAAGUGCUGCUUGGUUAGACCAGAACGCAGAUCGCAAAUAUAGGAAAUCCAUGCUGGUGUCUACUUGUUGACAUUGUAGCUGCUUACAGUUUACCAUUUAAAGAGAACACUGCUAAGAACCUUUUUAUUAUAUUACUUAAGAUUAAUAAAAUAGGACUAAUUCUUGGCAUA